GAUUUAUAGCCACUGGGCAGGGUGAUGGAGUCAGUGCGGUCGACUUGACUAAAGUUUGGUCGAGGGAGUUCUUGUCAGCUGAGACUCGCGGAAGCCUCAGGUGCGCUGCCGGAUCCAGGCUUCCGCGGCCAGGGGGAAUCAGGAUGAAGAGGAGAUAGCUUUUCGUAGCCUGUCGCUUUCUGGGCUACAUCUCCCAGAGGCCUCUAGGCCUAGUGCUCCUUCCCGCGAGAACUAGACCUUCUCCUGAGGAGUGGACGGGAUUUUCUGACGGGUUGGGGCAAACGGCCUCAGGGUGCUGUGCGAGGUGCUGGACUCUAUUUGUUUCAAGUAGAGUGGAGCGGUGCUGACCAGACCGGAGGAGUCGUAGAGUCUUCCAGAGUGGAGUAAAGAAUGGCUGUUGAACAUCCACAAGGCACCUGCAAGACUGUGAAUCAAGGUUGAGACCAAGAAUUAUUUCUGAAAAAGGAGAUUUAUGGAAUAGAAUCAUCCUGAUGGGAGAUAAUGGAAAGACUUAUAAAAAACAGCAUUGAGUGUUCAAGUUUCAGAGGUGAUUGGGAAUGUAAAAGCCAGUUUGAGAGAAAACAGGAAUCUCAGGAAGGACAUUUCAGUCAAAUGAUAUUUACUCCUGAAGACAUACCCACUUUCAAUAUCCAGCAUCAGAGAAUUCAUACUGAUGAGAAACUCCUUGAAUGUAAGGAAUGUGGGAAGGAUUUUAGUUUUGUGUCAGUCCUUAUUCGACAUCAGCGAAUUCAUACUGGUGAGAAACCUUAUGAAUGUAAAGAAUGCGGCAAGGCCUUUGGUAGUGGUGCAAACCUUGCUUACCAUCAAAGAAUUCAUACGGGUGAAAAACCUUAUGAAUGUAAUGAAUGUGGGAAGGCCUUUGGUAGUGGCUCAAACCUUACUCACCAUCAGCGAAUUCAUACUGGUGAGAAACCAUAUGAAUGUAAGGAAUGCGGGAAAGCCUUUAGUUUUGGAUCAGGCCUUAUUCGACAUCAGAUAAUUCACAGUGGUGAAAAGCCUUAUGAGUGUAAGGAAUGUGGGAAGUCCUUUAGUUUUGAAUCAGCCCUUACUCGGCAUCACAGAAUUCACACAGGUGAGAAACCUUAUGAAUGUAAGGAUUGUGGGAAAGCCUUUGGCAGUGGUUCAAACCUUACUCAGCAUCGAAGAAUUCAUACUGGUGAGAAACCUUAUGAAUGUAAAGCAUGUGGAAUGGCCUUUAGUAGUGGUUCAGCUCUUACGCGGCAUCAAAGAAUUCAUACUGGUGAGAAACCAUAUAUAUGUAACAAAUGUGGGAAGGCUUUUAGUUUUGGAUCAGCCCUUACUCGACAUCAAAGAAUUCAUACUGGUGAGAAACCUUAUGUGUGUAAGGAAUGUGGGAAGGCUUUCAAUAGUGGCUCGGAUCUCACUCAACAUCAGAGAAUUCACACUGGUGAGAAACCCUAUGAGUGUAAGGAAUGUGAGAAAGCCUUUAGAAGUGGUUCAAAACUUAUUCAACAUCAAAGAAUGCACACUGGUGAGAAACCCUAUGAGUGUAAGGAAUGUGGGAAGGCCUUUAGUAGUGGUUCAGACCUCACUCAACAUCAGAGAAUUCAUACUGGUGAGAAACCCUAUGAAUGUAAGGAAUGUGGGAAGGCUUUUGCUAGUGGCUCAAAACUUAUUCAACACCAGCUAAUUCACACAGGUGAAAAACCCUAUGAAUGUAAAGAAUGUAGAAAGUCCUUUAGUAGUGGUUCAGCCCUUAAUCGGCACCAGAGGAUACACACUGGUCAGAAACCCUAUGAAUGUAAGGAAUGUGGGAAGACUUUUGGUACUGGCUUGAGCCGUACUCAACAUCAGAGAAUACAUACUGGUGAGAAACUUUAUGAAUGUAAGGGCUGUGGGAAGGCUUUGGAGAGGGAAUUUAAUAAUGGUACAGCCCUUAUUCAUCAUCAGAGAAUUCAUACUGUUGAGAAACCCUAUGAAUGUAAUGAAUGUGGAAAGGCCUUUAGUACUAGUUCAAUAUUUAGAGUACAUCAAAGGAUUCACACAGGUGAGAAGCCCAAUGAAUGUAAAGAAUGUGGAAAAGCCUUUCAUCGUUCCUCAUACCUUAGUCAACAUCAAAGAAUUCAUACUGGUGAGAAACCUUAUGAAUGUAAGUAUUGUGUUAGGGCUUUUAGCAAUACUUCAGAAUUUAUUCAACAUCAGAGGAUUCAUACUGCUGAGAAACCCUACAGAUGUAAGGAAUGUGGAAGGGCCUUUCGUUGUUCAUCAGACCUUUCUCGACAUAAGUUAAUUCAUGCUGAUGAAAAAUUGUAUGAAUGUAAGGAAUGUGGAAAAAUCCUGCGUAGAGAUUCAAUACUUACACAACAUCAGAAAAUUCACACUGGGGAUAAACCCUAUGAAUGUAAGGAAUGUAGAAAAGCUUUUAUCUGUGCCUCGCAACUUAUUUGUCAUCAAAGAAUUCAUACUGGAGAGAAACCUUAUGAAUGUAAAGAGUGUGGGAAGGCCUUUAUUCGUAGCUCUCAUCUUACUCAGCAUCAAAUAAUUCAUACUGGUGAAAGACCCUAUGAAUGUAAUGCAUGUGGGAAGGCCUUUUUUCGUGGCUCACAACUUACUUACCAUCAGAGAGUUCAUACUGCAGAGAAACCCUAUCAAUGUAAGGAAUGUGGAAAGGCCUUUAUUCGUGGCUCUCAACUUACUGAACAUCAGAGAAUUCAUACUGGUGAGAAACCCUAUGAAUGUAAGAAAUGUGGGAAAGCCUUUAGUUAUGGUUCACAGCUUACUCUACAUUAUAGACUCCAUACUGGUGAAAAGCCUUAUAAAUGUAAAGAUUGUGAGAUGUCCUUUAUUCGUGGCUCACAACUUACUGAACAUCAGAGGAUCCAUACAGGUAAGAAACCACACGAAUGUAAGCAGUGUGGAAAGGCCUUUAACUAUGGCUCACAGCUUAUUCGACAUCAGAGGAUUCAUACUGGCGAGAAACCAUAUGAAUGUCAAGAAUGUGGGAAAUCAUUUAUUCGUGGCUCACAACUUACUGAACAUCAAAAAAUUCACACUGGUGAAAAACCCUUUGAAUGUAAGGAAUGUAGGAAAGCCUUUAUUCGUGGCUCACAUCUUACUCAGCAUCAGAGAAUUCAUACUGGUGAAAAGCCCUAUGAAUGUAAAGAAUGUGGAAAGGCCUUUAUUUAUGGCUCACAACUGUCUCAACAUCAGAAAAUUCAUACAGGUGAGAAUCCCUAUGAAUGUAAGCAGUGUGGGAAGAUCUUCAUUUGUACCUCACAACUUAAUCUACAUCAGAUUUUUCAUACUGGUAGGAAACCAUAUGAAUGUAAGGAAUGUGGUAAGACUUUUAUUCGUAGCUCACAGCUAACUUACCAUCAGAGAGUUCAUACUGGUGAGAAGCCCUAUGAAUGUAAUGAAUGUGGGAAGGCCUUUAUUCGUGGUUCACAUCUGACUCAGCAUCAGAGAAUUCAUACUGGUGAGAAACCAUACAAAUGUAACGAAUGUGGAAAGGCCUUUAAUCGUGGAUCACAACUUACUCAACAUCAGAGAAUUCAUUCUGGCGAGAAGCCUUAUAAAUGUAAUGCAUGUGGUAAGGACUUUAGACGUCAUUCACACCUUACUCAACAUCAGAAACUUCAUAAUGGAGAAAAACUAUGAAAAAAUUAAUUUAGUAAAUCCUUUACCUGUUUGCCUAUGACAUUCACCUUUGGGAUAUCAGAAAAUUCAGAUUAUGAAUGUGAGAAUCCUUUUUUACUUAAACUCAUAAGUAACUCACCUUCAGAGAAUUCACAUUUAAGAAAGCCUAGAUUAAUAUAAGUGCAGAAUUACUUUCCAUCACAUUUCAAUCCUAGUUAGACAUUAGUGAAUUCAUAUGAGAGCUCAACCCUAAAAUGUAGGGUUCUGUUGUACAGUAUCACCUGAGAUCCACCAUUUAGUAUGUGGCUGUUCCUUUGCAAAAGUUACUUAACCCCUGUUUGUUUUAGUUUCCAUUAAUAUCACAUAUUUCAUCAUAGUGUUCUGCAAUUUAAAGAAGUAAAUACAUAUACCGUAAAGCCUUAAAGCAAUGUGUACUACGUAGUUAAUGCUUAAUAAAUGUUAGCUAUUAUUGUAAACAUUACUUUUAUUUAGUGUUUUAAUCAUUAAUCAUUACUUUUAAUCUUACUUUACAGAAUUCAAAUGAGAAGGAAACUUUACAAAUACAGUACAUACGGUAAAUCUUUCAUCACUCUUACUAAGCCUCAGGUAAAUCAUUUUGGAACAAAACAUUCUAAUAUUAUUAAUGUGAGGUUAUACCUGAUUCUGAAUCAAAAUUCUUACUAAAAGGAAACCCUAAGGGGAAAAGAGUGUUUUGCCCUUACAAAUAAAGCUGCUUGUGAACAUUUUGGUAUAAAUUUUUGCAUGAACAUAAACUUCCAUUUCUCUGGUCUAAAUGUUUAAGAGAGUAGUUUCUGGGUUAUAUAGUAAAUGAAUGUUUCUCUUAUAAGAAAUGGACAAAUCAUUUUCCAAAGUGGCUUUUCCAUUUUAUAGUCACACCAGGAACAUGAGUGACAGUUUCUCUGUAUCUCUACCAGCAUUUGGUUUUUUCACCAUUUUUUAAUCUUAGCCAUUCUGAUAGGUGUGUAAUGAUAUCUCUUUGUGGUUAUAAUUUCCAUUUCCCUAGGGGCUAAUGAUGGUGUGCUUAUUUGCCAUCCCUGUAUCCAUUGUGGUGAAAUGACUAUGUCUUUUACUGCUUCAUUUUUGAAUUGUAUCUUUUUUUUUAACUGUUGGAUUGUGAGAGAAUGCUUUCUUUAUUGUAGACAAUACUAGUCCUUUGUUUGAUAUGUAGUUUGCAAAAAUUUUCCCCAGUGCGUAGCUUUUCAUCCUUUUAGCAGGGUCUUUUGAAAAUCAAAACUUUUUAAUUUUGAUAAGGUCUAGCUUAUUACUUUUUCCUUUUACGGAUUUAGCUUUUGGUGUCAAAUCUAAGGACUUGGGCUUCCCUGGUGGCGCAGUGGUUGAGAG